GCCGUAGCCAAUCGCUAGCGGCGCAUCCCCUGAGUUGCUCUCUGCCGAUUGGCUGACGGCGGUGCAGCAGCGUUGAUCCUCCGGCUUUUCCGCGACUGGUUUCUCAUCCUCGCGUCGAUACCCGCGACUGGUUUUUGCAGGAGCUGGCGGUGGCCGCGGCCCCGGACGGGAAGUGUGUCCCCCCGAUUUCCUUCCUCCGCUCUGCCUGUUUCUGGGCGGUACUUGGAAACGGCGGACUGACCGGAAGUGUCUGAGAUAGAAGAUGGCGGUGGGUCAGCGAGCCUGGGAGAGCGUGUGCGGCGGCUGGCGGGCGGAGCAGGACCUGUCCCGGCCUCGGCUGGGCUGGGCGCUGCUCCUGAUGCAGUGUCUGAGCUUGGCCGUGGUCCCGGUGGGCGCUGACAUGACGGACGGGAACAGCGAAUACCUGAAGCGGGAGCACAGUUUGAUGAAGCCGUACCAGGGAGUGGGUUCGAGUUCAAUGCCACUGUGGGAUUUUAGUGGGAGCACAAUGCUAACAGGCCAGUAUGUUCGCCUAACGCCUGACGAUCGCAGCAAAAGUGGAUCGAUCUGGAACCGAGUGCCAUGUUUCCUAAAGGACUGGGAACUUCACGUUCAGUUCAAAGUUCAUGGAGCUGGGAAAAAGAAUCUUCACGGUGACGGGUUAGCUGUCUGGUAUACGAAGGACCGAUUAAGCCCUGGCACCGUAUUUGGAAGCAAAGAUAUGUUCCACGGUUUAGGACUUUUCAUUGACACAUACCCAAAUGAUGAGAGUGCUGAUCGGGUUUUUCCCUACAUCUCAGCAAUGGUCAACAAUGGAUCUCUAAUGUACGACCACAGCAAAGAUGGACGCACCUCUGAGCUUUCUGGAUGUCCUGCAGAGCUUCGAAAUGUUGACCACGACACUUAUUUGGCAAUUCGUUACUCCAGGGGCAGAUUAACAGUGAUGACAGACGUUGAAGACAAGAAUGAGUGGAAAGAGUGCAUAGAUAUUAGUGGGGUCCGUCUUCCCACUGGGUAUUUCUUUGGUGCAUCUGCAGCCACUGGAGAUCUGUCGGACAACCAUGAUGUUAUCUCAAUGAAACUCUACCAGCUGACUGUGGAACACUCACCGGAGGAAGAAAACAUAGACUGGACAAAAAUUGAGCCCAGUGUUAGUCUCCUCAAAUCUCCUAAAGAUAACAUUGAUGAUCCAACGGGUAAUUUCCGUAGUGGGCCACUGACUGGCUGGAAAGUCUUCCUGCUGCUCCUCUGUGCAUUGCUUGGGAUCAUCGUGUGCGCAGUAGUGGGUGCUGUGGUCUUCCAGAAACGUCAAGAGCGCAACAAGCGAUUCUACUGAAUGACGAGUUCUGCAGCAGGCCUUUAAAAUGUGAAGUGUUCUUUUUCUACACUGUGGUUUGUAUCACACAAGGUGUUUAUAUCCAGAAUGGAGAAGACAAAUCAAAAAUAUUUUCAUAUAUUUCUAUCAUAGAUGUGAGACUUGUGAUGCUGAUGAGUAGAGAAAACUAUGAACAGAUAUCACAUAGCUCCCUGCCUCUGUCGCUUUCUAAUGGGGGGCCCUGCUUCCUUUUUUUACAGACGUGUUUGUUAAAGGUACAAAUGAUUUUGGUUUUUUGAAACUGUUCUUUUCCUGAAAUGUUGGACUUGUUUGACCUGAAUCCUUUAUCUACAGAACCCUCCCUGCUGUCAGAUGUGCAGCCAUCAGUGUGACUGAGUUUGGUUAACUGGUUCUGUUCUUAAAUGGGGCUGCAUUCUUUGAACCUGUUCUGUUCUAAAUGUCGCUGACUCCAGAUUAGCCCCCCGUCUUGCUCACUCUGUUUCUUGUACUGUGUUGCCCCAAGUCUGCCUCUGGCUUGACUCUGUGUGUGUCUGGUCUACACUAACACCACUUGAAUAUUAUUCUGGCUUGCGCUCUGAGUUUGUCUGACCUACCGUCUUGCUCUCGAACAUACACCUACAAACAACCUCUCUUCCCCUUGUUUCCAGAAAGAGUGCACAUACUCUCUCUUGCUUCUGCCACUGGUGGACAACCUCCUUCCUCUCAUGAGCAUACUGUCCUGUUGACUGUACUCCCACCUCCUCUCCUCCUGUAUUGUGGACAAGUGAGCAUGUAGACCACAGGCGACACUCUUCUUUCAAGGACAGAGGUACAGUUUAACCAUCCCUCUGAUAGCUCCCUUUAGCUAAACUGAUCUGCCCAUUGCAGCUGGCUCUCAUACAAGCUCAAGGCAUCAGUGAAUCUGCAGGAUGCCAAGAGAGUGGAAGCAGGUUUGGACUGUGAAUUGCAGCUGUUCCUUUCUGGUUGUGGAGCUUUGCUUGGAGUUUUAAGUGUUCGAAACAGGAUAGUUGUGAGCUAGUUGACAUGUAUUUGCCCCCUCUACUUUUCCAACUGCUCUAGUUAACAUUGAACUAUCCUGUUCAAGACUCUGCUUUGUCACCCACUCAUCUGCUUCACUACAUCACUAGCUUCAAAUUGAGACGCAGCACAUCUCUUGUAAAAUCUCUUUUUUUAAUUCUAGGAUUUUAAACUUGUAUCUUCAUCUCCUGAACCUUUUCUUCCAGUUACUGACAGCUUUAAACCCCAAAUUUGCUAUCACCUGGUUGCUGCUUCCUGAUUUAAUUCUUUUUCUAACAUCACAGUGGGGUCAUUAACUUGGUCUUGAGCUUCAGAAAAAAGUGCAAACUCUAAUUUCUUACAGCCAUGUUAGAAGGAUUAACGAAGCUUUCAUUGAGUGCACUUGUCUGUCAGCUCCUGUCAGAAGUUCCAUUGGGAUUGAUCAGCUUUCAAUGAACAUGUGUUUUCUUUAUUUGCACUGUUCUGUGGGUGAGGGGCAGGGGAUAGCUCUGUUUUAAACCUGAUUGCUCCUUCAGUAAUUGGUUCUAGUAAUGCAGUGCAUAGAAAGUUUUCUUAAAGUUUGAAGGUGUUCAUCUUUGGUAAGGGGCAAAAACACAAGUUGUAUUCGUGUGUGAUGUAGUUACAAUAAUGUAAAUUGGAACUUAAGGAGCAACUUUGUGUGGUGGGUACUGAUAGAAAUAAACAGAUUUAAUUCCUAA